CCAACCAGCAACGCACCCUUGCCAUGCCGUCCAAAGAGAAAAACGCGUGACCGAGCGCUGUGCAUACAUGUCUCUACAGUGUGCUUACGCAUCAGCGAGUGACCGCACGUGCUGUUGUGUGCUCGACCGACAACCACACCGACACCCCAAUGAGUGCACCAAUGGAUGGAUAGAUGGAUGGAUGGACCAGGCGGUGUAUGAUAGGGCAGCGGACACCCUGCGUGGCGGGGGCGUCCGCCGGCCACUCAGACACCACAUCGCCAACGCAUCCAGCAAUGUCGACCACAUCCAGUCUUUCUACCGACGUGUAGCAGAGAAACUCACGCGCAGCAGCAAAGCUAGACUUGUCUGAGAAGGUGACACUCUUCAGUGUCGUCAACCCGCCCACAAGCGGGCUGAGCUUGCUACUGGCGGCACGCACGUCAGCCAAAGACAGGCAAAAACCGCGCACCGUCAGGUGUUUGACAGCCGGGAGGUGGCGGCUCGUCGCCCCCUCCCUCUCGGUCAGCCAUGUGGGGAUGCUGUCGACCACUGCUGAUGCACUCGCGCCGCGCUUGAUGUUGAUGGUGAGCUUGCUGGUGUUGUGGAAGAUGAGCUUGUCCCGCCAUGACUCGUGCAGCGCUGUGCCACCGAGCUCCAACUCAACCUGGAAAAAGAUACUCACCCUGAUGCACUCCCUCUCGCCUCCCCGUGUCUGUGCGCUCCUUACAUGGGUCGCCUUGGCCGCCAGCUGCGUGGCGAUGUCCCCAUAGAGUCCGCCGGGCGCAGGACGAGCAGUGGCAGCGCUGCUGCAGUCGAUGGUCAGCCAGCUCACUCUCGGCCACUCGAUCUGGCAACGGACGUCUGCCGCCCACUUGGUGAUGCCCGCCAUGUCGGCCGCCCCCUGCCCCUGCCCGUAGUCCACACCGAUCGACGAAAUGUAAUCAACCAUCACGAACCCCAGCUUCUUCGGCGCCUCUGUAUGCAACGGGUAAGAGAGACAGACAGACAGAAAGGCAAACCAUCCGGCCCCCCGACUAAAGCGAUUCGGUCCUUCUGGUCACGUACCCUUCUUGUCUGGUUUGCUCCAGUUCUGGUCGAGGGUGUCCUUGAGCUGACAGAGGCGGCCGAAGUGCUUCAUCUUGAUCCCGAUGCCAGCGAUGGUGGUGAGGUGGGGGCAGCCGACGAGGGCAUCGAGGAAGUCGCUCCACCGGGCGUCGUCGAAUGUGAUGCCGUCGCUGAACUCCAGCCGCUCGAUCUUGGGCGAUUCGCGGAGCAGACGCACCAGAAGGGCGGCCCUCUUGCUAUUGGAGAUGCGGCCGACUCGGAGUGUGGUGACUGCCGGGAAGGUCCAGCAACGAUCACUGACACACACGUCGAGUAACGAGAUGAAUGACUCGGCGGUGGCGUCAACCCUGACUCCCUUGUCUGCGUACCUGAUGUGGUCAAGACCUGCACGGCCAAGGAGGUCCAGGUGUGUCACUUGGGAGAACACGGCGGCGCUGUGGUUCGGCGUGAUCUUCUUGAAGUCACAUGGAAGAUGGGGCUCGACGUCCAGCGUCACCUUCUUGAGUGUGUCCUUGUUGGCCUCCAGCAGCUCCGACGCGACAGACGGCACACGGUCAGCCUCCACAUGAGCCACCUGGAUCUUGCCCUGCACUCACACACACAAGCAUCGACAGGGCUGCACACACAGACACGCUUACCUUGUAGGCAUUCUUCACUUUAUUGGCAUUCUCUACCCAAGAGGCGUCCGCGAACUUGCCGAAGAGGCCAAGCGUCUUCUCGACCUGGCUAACCUGCACCGGUCACAACAAGGUCAGGCAUCACAGCUCAGCCGAGCGACCCCCCCUCCCCCCCCUCUCAUCUGACCACGUUGUGUAGCGUCUCGAUCUUGUGGUAGGUGGGCUCCUCGGCACGCGUCACGGUCAAGCUGCGGAACACGCCAUACGUCUUGUCGGUGGCCUUCUCGUGGAUCCCCCUGCUGAUGCUCGAGAGGCGGCGGAUGUGGUCGAUGGUGGUGAGGAAGGAGCCCAGGUGGCCAAUGACGGCUUCGGGCAGACCCGGCAGACACGGACGGCCGUGAUCCUUCUGACACGCAGUCAGGCAUCAGGUUGAGAAAUGUGUGUGGACAUCCUCGUAUUCCCUCUGUCACCUCUAAGGGCACGCCCUGCUGCUGUGUCGCUGCUGCAGAACCACACACAUCAACUGAACCAUCUGAAAGCACCGCACCGCGCAGCCAUACAUCCCAUCAAUGUGUGUGUGUGUGUGUGUGUGUCUUGUACCUCCACUACUCGCAUCAGCCAGGGCGUCUACACGUCCACGCUUGCCGUCCUCGCCAACCGCCACCUGAGCACAUGACGUGUGACGUGGUCCACCCAUGUGUGUGCGUCGGCCUGUCUAUGAGUUUGUGCGUACCGCCUUGCUGUGCUGUGCGUCCUCAUCGGUCUGAUCCAGCCCCCCAGACACCAACGCCUCAAUGUCGUUCGAAUUGCCCUGACACAGACAGACAGACAGACAGGGAAAGAUCGGCCUGUGUGAGCCAUCCACUUGUCGUCCCAAUCGUACAUGUGUUUUACGGGUUAUGUGGUCAGUCGAUGUCUCUGCCAGCUGCUUGUUGAGGGCCGAUUGAGCGUCGGUGAGGGUCUCCAGAAUGGAAGCAAGGCUGCCGGCCAGCGAUGCACCAUCCUGCAGGCCACCGACAGCCCGGUGAAUGACAACUGAGUGCUGCUGUUCGACUGUGUGUUGUUCCACGCGCACCUGUGCGUUGUUGUCGGCAUGUGUGGCUAUGAUGCCCUCUGCCCGCUCAAGGUCAGACACAAUCUGAGAGGCAACCUGCAAGCCAAAAGCGACACACCCAUGUCGGUCCUGCCGAUUGUAUGUCAUGUGAGUAGCUCUCUCCCCCACUCUCUCUCACCGAUUUCAUCAUCUGCACAAGAUUGCGAGAGCUACCGCCGCCGUGAUCUGCACCCGGCCCGCCGCCCUGCCCACCUGCAGCACACAAUCAUGACAGACACGGCAUGACACACGGGCUGUCCAUCAGACGUGUGUGGUGGUGGUGGCGUAUGAGACCUGCAGAGUCGGCAGGGCCGUCAUCUUUGUUUACGUCCAUCGGAGCAUCGUCAGACAUCUGCAUGGUGG